GCUGAGCUGGGAUCUUCAAAAUGGAUGCCCGAAUCAUCAAGUGGCUAAACAUUCCAAAUUUUACAUCUUGAAAGAAACUAUUUCUUUCGGUUGAUGGGAGUUUGAAAAUUUGCUGCUACGUCUUGAUAGAUCGAAUCAACGCUCUCAUCUAACGAGAAAUCUCAUAUAGUUAUGGAGCCACAAAAUGAUCUCUUUUCUACAGUUUAACAUCUGCAUAAUGGAGUCGGCUGCAGGAACUAAAAGUGAGGGUCAGGCUCAAACCCUUCAAAACCGCGUCCGUGACGUAUUUCGGAGAGGACUCCAAUGGAAGUGGGACAAAGAUUAUCCAUCUUUUAGAGGGAGCAAGGACCGGAAUGGUGCAUCAUCCCAAGGAGAUGAAAUUGCAGAUGUUCCUUCACAAAGGAAUUGGCCUCAAUUUGCUCCUAUUGCCAUUCAAAAGUUUCGACGCCUCUUUUCAUCUGAUGGUUCUUCAGAUCACUGUGACAGCAAUAUAGAUAGAGUUGAUGCUGAAGUAGCACCAUGGGUAGAAAAUCCUGAAGGUGAGGAACAACAUAGUGCCUCUGAGAUGGUGAGGAUGAAAGCGCAGGAUAAAAAAAGUGGAGAAAUGUUAAAAUUAGAAGAAGUCUGUGAAAACACACUCCCUGUCAACGCUCUUUCUUUCACCAAUGUCACACUUGAAUGUACAAGCCAUUUAGAGUCUACUAAUACUUCAAAGAAUCAACAGGACCAAGACUGUGUUUCACGGGUAGUGCCUACAAUGGCAUCAAAUAUGGAUUUGAGGAAAUCCAAAAUAAUGAAAUCAGAUAGUUGUGAGCAAAACUUGCUGAAGACUACAUCAGGUGAUCAAGAACACAUAUCAAAAGAUUUAGAAACAAUCAUUAAUAAUCCGCUAGAUGACUGUGAUGUAGAUAAAACUGAAUUAUGUUUAAUGAAACCUGAACUUGGUAGCAAUCGUAAUAGUGAUAGCACUGCCACUGCAGUAGACCAUGUUGUGGCAUAUGAUAGCAGUGAUAUUCCAAGCUCAGUUAACUGUAAAGAAAGUGUCAAGACUAAUGUUCCUGAAGAGUAUACUACUUCUUCAUCAUUGCUCUCCAAUGAUACGAUAGUUACAAGCCAAGCAGGAUCAACAAACCCAGCCAUUGUUCUCAGCACAAUGGAUUCUGUCAAAUUGCCCAACCAACAUGCAAAGAAGUUAGGGGAACAAUUAUAUCUCAAUAUUGAUUCUUCAAGUGGAGCAGGAAUGCAUGCCAGAAAGUCACCUGUCACAGUUCAAGAGUGGGUUGAUUCCAUUCCACUUUCACAACACAUGGAAGAAGAUGUGGAUAGUUCAAACACUGAAGUGGAGAUGUCACUCAAAAUAGAAUCCCAAGACAAAGGUGAUAUGUGUCCGUCUGUUACAAUAAGGCCUUCGUCAAGUCAGAGUGGAUUAGCAGCAGAUCAGAGGAGAGAAGCGUUUUCUCGUGAUGUUUCACCAUCUCUACAAUCAGACACAGGAAGUCAUGGAUCUAGUGUUGAUUCAUAUCUUGAGGCUCGCAGACCAGAUCCAGAAGAAGUUUUGUUGGGAUUAGGUUUUGGGGGUCCAUUACAUAAUACUGAAGCUGAGGUUUCAAGAAUCCCAGCUCGUUUUCUGCAACAGUCCAAAGUUAAAGGAGUUGCAAUAGAUGACUUUUUACGAUAUCAGCAGGAUCUCAUUGAGACUUUUGAGUCUGGAUACAGUGGCUAUCGAGGAUUGACUGGAGGUGCUCAGAUUCCAUCAGUCAUUGUUGCCAAAAUUAUGGAAAAGCUUCGGGAGCAUGAGAGAGAAAGUAGUAUAAAGAGUUCUGCUGGAUCGUCUCCUGGGCAACAUGCUGAAAUUUCAAAACGUCGCUUUUCGCGAGCUGCUCAGCGUGUAACGAUUUUAACUAAAAUGAAAUCCAGAGACAGUAUAGCAUCUGGCACUCAGGCUCAUUCUGUUCUGAACCCUGACAACAGAAAAUUUCUUGACAAUCAAGGCAGCAAAUCUCCCGAGGUUUUGAGGAAGAGGAUGAUUAUAGGACAACGUUCUUUUACCUUUGAUGUUGAUGGCCAAUUGAUAGAGACGGAAAUAAAUUCUGAGGAUGUGGAUACUCCAGAAGCUGUUGCUCCUAAGCCACCUCCACCUCGCCCACUAGUUCACAAAGAUUCAGUUCUGUCUUCAGCAACAAGUCUUAGUCUAACCAGUUAUGAUAGCGAAAGUGAUACAGAUGAGGCCAGUGGUUUGGCCAGAAACGUUUCAGAAGUUGGUUCCAAACAUCAGGACCUACAUUCUUUCCUUUCUUCUCCCAUGUCUCCUCGCAUUCAAAAUUCAAGCUCUUGUAACUUAACAAGUUCUCUGCAGAAUUCUGGCAAUUCACCUGAGAAAAGAAGAAGAUCAUUACCUUCACCCUCUGAUUUGUUAUCUAAGCUGCCAUCUGUAGAUUUCCUAGAGAAGCAUGUGUCCAUGGAACCAAAAUCCAAUCCAAUGCUUCUAAACAAAACUGAAAAUUUGCCAACGUCAACUCCUGAAAAAGAUGUAAGCUGGAAGAAGUUGCAUCGAGUGAAAUCAGCCCCAUCUAUUUCUCCAGUUGUUUCAACUACUUUUGAUGUGCUUCAUAUUCACCCAGAGGAAAAUCUUUCUGAUUUAGGGGAGGUAGUUGAAGAAAAUGGAAAUUAUGAGAGUCAUGAGAAAUCAAAAAUGGAUGUAGCAACUUUAAGUCCUGUUUUGAAACCGAGCAGAAUAUCCAAAAGCAUUCUUAAAACAUGCCUGAAGAGAACACAGCUUUCUGAUGCUAGACAACUGUCUCAUUAUGAAAUAACAGACUUUGUGCUCCCAGAUGAUUGCAUUUCUCCUCUGACCUCUCCUGAGUCACACCAAAGUACGUUUUCAACUGACGAUCAAUAUAAUCAACAUUUACCAAGAAUGUUUUCAAUGCCGAAGUCAUCUGCCAUGUAUUUAGAUAAGGAAAUGCGGAGAAAAUUGUCUUUGAAUUCAAGUAUUGAUUCAUACGUUGCCAAAAAUGUUGCUCAUUCCCCUGAUUUAAAAAAUUGGUCUACUAGCAGUGUAAGUAGCUGGGAAUCUGAAAGGGAACAGAGUUUUAAAAUGGGUGUAGAUGAAGAUGAAGAUAAUGCCUCAGUCUUUGAAGAAAAUGAUUCUCACACAGCCUUGAGAACAUCCCAAACUGAUUUAAAUGCUGCAACCAAUCGUAGACGUGGAAGCUUGAAACGACAGGAAAAAUUUGAUGUAGAAGAUGCUUCUAUUGGAAUUCUUCCUAAUGUGAACCUGAAAGUAGAUGCUGCAAACGUAGUAGCAGCCCAAGGUGAUUCUUUUGAAAUGGAGGAGUUGGCUGUUGAAGAUGAUAAUAAGGGAUUUCGGACUGGAAGUGCACACUCUGAUAGCAGCGGCUUUCAAGAAGAAACUAAUACUAACUCAAAAGAAAAAAUAAGAGCCUCUCUAGUAAAACAGCUUUCUGAAAGUGAACCCAUGCUGCACACUCAAGUAUUUCCUGAUGAACCACCCAUGCACUCGGCCGAACACCUUAAAAGACUGAGCCUUCCUGUGAUUCGAGUUCAAGAUGAAUCUGGACUUAUUCAAUGGCGUGCAAGCAAUAUCUGUGAAAAAAAUAACCCAAGCUCUUUAAGAAGAGUUCAAUCUCUACCAGCGCAAAUUUCCCAUCUAGGCUUGGGAAGGCUAUAUGAUAGUAUUUCUCCUGGAUCAUUAACAGAUUCAAUUGGAAACAUGUUUAACGGUAGUUCUUGCAGCGAUGAAAGUGUUAUACAUUUGCCAAGGAAAAGCGUUGAUGUCACGUCUGAAAUCUACAAACCAGAUUUGCUGCCCCUCCCAGUUGCUAUUGUGGACUACGAGGGUGAAGUGGAGGCUCUCCGCACACCCAGGGAAUGCUGCAAGUGCAACUGUAAACUGAAGAAGUCCCUAACUAAGUGCCAUGAUGAUUUACUUGCUCAGAACCGAAGUGAAUGUAUGGGAAGUAUCAGUAAAAAUUUGGAGACCUUAAAGGAAGCUCAAAAUCGAAUUAAGGAUGCUUUGCAACAAGUUCAAAAUCAUCUAUGCUCAUCUUCUGACUGUAACAUGAAUGUUGCACUACAGCAGGUUGCUACAGUGAUUCAGCACCAAAAUACUCUAUGUUCACAACUCGAAGGUUUAAAUACCAAUUUGCUUUCUACAGUGAACAACCCAUCAAUCCAAGGUGUGAAUACCAACCCUAGCUCAAGUUCAAGAAGAAAAGUCAUUCUUGAAGGUAAUUACUCUAACUUACAACACUCCCCUGAAAAUUGCGUGCUCUUGAGUCAAGUAGUUGAGAGGGAAAAUCGCAAGCUUCAAGAUUUAGUAAGAUUAAAUGUUGAUGAACUAGCUCAAAUACGCGCACUCUUGGAAAAGCUUCUUCCAAAUGUAAACAUGUGAACUUCUAGGUGUGAUCCUUUUUCAAUUUUCUAUUUGCAGCUAAAAAGUGAAUUAAAUUAGAAUAUGCUGUUGAUGUUGUGAUAAUUCUUGAUGUAAUCCGAUACUCAAGUCAUACUUGGGUUAUGUUAAUGAAUCAAGAGUUUGAUUUUGUAAUUUGAAUUAAGGGUGUAACCAGUUGUAACUGUAACUUGUCCCCUGUAUUCUUUUAACUGUUCACCCCAACAACGUGCUUUAGAUAGAUAUUUUAUGCAUAUGACUGAAUUUUAGAACUCUUGAAAGUUGUUUCUUGGAACCUUUACCUUGAUAUAUUUCUUUUCAUUAGAACUGUGGUUAAAUGAGUGAUCUUAAGUUUAGUACAAUUUUGUUAUUUUUCUUUUCUGUCUGAGUAUUUGACAUGGCACAUUCCUGCUGUAGUCAAUAUAUGCUGUACUCAAUUGAUUUUAGGUGUUAAGUAGGUUUUGGUUGUGCAGUGCAACAGAUAUUUCCUGUGCAGAACUAUUUUGAGGCUUGUUCAUAAGGCUUACCUAAGUUUAACUGGUGUGAGUUGGAAUUCACCUAAAUCUUUUCCAGUCUUCUUAAGAUGCUAAAAUGAAAUUUUACUGAGGCUAUUUUUUACUUCUCAGGGAUGGCAAUGAUAUGAGAUAUUUCUUAGUUUACAUUCUGUCUUUGUCCAAUAACGAGCCGUCUAAAUUAAGCUGAGUGUUUUUAAAAAGAGAAAAGUUACCAAGAAGUAUUUUAAAUUCUUUUAGUUAUUGUCUUCUUGUGAGCAGUAAUAGUAAUGUAUUAUGGCUAUAAGGGCCCAUUUACGAUCGUCCGGGCUGUCUUAAAUGAAAUUGCAUUUUCUGCAGAAAUUUAUUAAUUUUUGGGGUUAAAUGGAACCUCCCAUUUACGGUGGUCCUUAGCUUAAAUAAAAUUAUAGUCCCGCCAUGACAGAAUCGAUUGUCACUUGUCGUCG